AUGACUGCUGCCAACAUCGCAUUGUCAGUCUUCUUAGGUUUGAGGAACACCCCCUUGGGUGCCUCCACUGCAGAAACCUACAACCGCCUCAAUUUCUUUCAUCGCGUGGUUGGCUACACAGCCGUCGCGCAGGUGCUUAUUCACGGGCUCCUUUAUGCGAUCCGAUUUGGCCUCCAGAACCGAUUGAGCGACCUCUUCACAAAGCCUACCAACCUGUUUGGAGUUAUCGCGUCUGUUGGAAUGCUGGUUCUGCUUCUCGGCCUGAUGAGGCAUCUUGGAUAUGAAGUCUUCUACAUCAGCCACGUCUUCGGCGCCAUUGUGACGAUUGUCUUUGCAGCACUCCAUCGACCAUUUUGGUACAAAAAGGUACCCGUCAUCAUGGUGUUUGCUGGUGGAAUCUGGGUUCUCGACCGCCUCAUCAGGGCAGCCACUCUGCUAUACAAUCUUUACAACAACAAGGCUGCUAUUUAUUCACUGCCUAACAACGGAGUGAGAUUGGUCUUGAAAAAGCGCCUCGCUGGAGCUAAACCGGGGUUGCAUUGUUUUGUCUGGAUCCCGGGAAUCCGGACCUUUCAAGUGCACCCAUUUACCAUCGUAUCUAACAAUGCCAUGGGUCUCGAGUUGGUCAUAAAGCCGUAUGAAGGCUUCACAAAGGACACGCAUGACUAUGCGGUUUCAAAUCCAAACACCACUGUUCGGGCUUCCGUUGAGGGGCCAUACGGCUCAUUGCCAAACCUACACCACUACGAUAGAAUCAUCUUCAUUGCUGGCGGAAGUGGAGCCGCCUUUACAUUCGGUCUGAUCAAUAAUUUUCUCUCAAAACUCGAGCCUGAAUCACCACAACUUGUGGACUUUAUCUGGACGGUGAGAGACAAAGAAAGCCUGUCGUGGUUCUCCGAACAUUUGAAUAGACUAAACGACCACCCAUCCCAAAUCACAGUGACAUUGCACGUCACUGGAGAGUCAAAUACGACCACCCCAGAACAAGUCGCUACUCCCGGUAGCAGUACGCCAGCUCUAAUAGCUUCCGGGGACUUUGUCCCUCAGAUCAGUCGGGACGGUCCAGUCGAAUCGCUACACCGUCUCACAUUAAAUUCGAGACUUGCUACCGCAAGAGACGAGACGCGCAAUAAGCACAGGCUAUCUGAUCCAGCAGAUCUUGACAGCCGAUUCGACAUCAGAUAUGAGAAAUUACGGGCGAGCGAAGUGAUAUUCGAGACCGUGAAAUCAGUCGGAAUCAAUCAGCAGGUACUGAUUGCUGCAUGUGGCCCCUUCUCACUGAUGAACGAUGUAAAUACAGCAGCCGGUGCUUGUAUUCGUUCCGAUGGGCCUAGCAUCGAGGUUCAUUGCGAGAAUUUUGAUAUCUAA